GUCAUCUGUCAGAACAUGGAGGUACAAUUUGUGAUUCAAAAUUCAAAUAAAUGAAAUAGGUAUCAAAUAGUUAAGAACUUUAUUUUAUUCAUAACGUAAUUUUGAGUAUUUAUUUUAAAAAACCGUUUUAAAGACUAAAAUAAAAAUGAACGCUAUAAAAUUACUUGUACAGCGGAGAAGUUAUCCAUUGAUUUUUAAUCGCACAGCUACAACUAAAAAGAAAAUACACGAUCCCAGUGAAGAAGAUCGUUUACCGAUAUUUCAAUAUCCUAUCAGCACGAGUUCAGAUCGAAGAGUAUAUGUAUGGGGCUUAGCGGAAACUGGCGCUCUUGGAAUACACAUGCCUAGAGGAAAGAAAAAAGGCAAAAAAGCUUAUAGGAAUAAUUUUAGUUAUGCCUGGCACCCUAUAAGAUCCAGUUUUUGUGAAAGGUUUGAUGUAACAAAUAUCGCCUGUGGCUAUGGUUUCACGGUUGCUGCGGUCAAAACCAAAGAACAGCAUAAGGUUUUUGGCACAGGCAUUAACACUGACUCUCAGAUCGGUUAUCACGCACCUAGAAUGGGACAUCCUCUUGAAAUGCUUGUCAGCCCUGCCCCUAUUUUUAUUCCAUAUGCUUCUUUAGAAACUAAGAUAACUGGUCUUGCAGCUGGCAGAGCACACACAGUCAUACUAACAGACAAUGAAGGUGUGUUUACUUUAGGGAAUAAUGCUUACGGGCAAUGUGGUAGGAAGAUAAAUCCUCAAGAAGAAUACAAAGGAAGUAUGGUGUCACAUAAUAUUAAACAUCUAGGGAAGGAAACUAUCAAGAGUGUUUGUUGUGGACAAGAUCACAGCCUUUUCAUCACUGAAUCAGGGAAAGUAUAUGCUUGUGGGUGGGGAGCAGAUGGACAGACGGGUCUUGGGAUAUAUGAAAAUCAGGGAUUUCCGGCUCGCGUUAAAGGAGACAUUACUAGUGAAAAUAUAGUUAAAGUUGCGUCAACCGCUGAUUGUGUGCUCGCACUGAGUGACAGAGGUGAAUUGUUUGGUUGGGGUAAUUCAGAAUAUGGUCAGGUACCCAUGAACACGAAACAGCAACAGGUCAACAUGUCAUACGCCUUGUUAAAUUUUACAAAAGGUUUAGGGAAAAUUGUUGACAUCGCAGCCGGAGGGUCAUUUUGUUUGAUCUGUAAUGAUCAAGGUGAUGUAUUUGUUUGGGGCUUUGGAUUGCUGGGUUUAGGGCCGAAUGUACAACACACAAAUAAACCGACACAAAUACCGGCUCCAUUGUUUGGCAGGAAUGAAUUCAAUCCUGAAUGUAUGGUCACAAAAGUUGCUUGUGGGAUAGGUCACUUAGCAGCGAUAACUAACAGCGGGGAUCUUUAUGUUUGGGGCAGAAAUAGAUAUGGUUGUUUAGGGCUCGGCCAUCAGAAUGACCAACAUUUUCCAUUAAAAAUUGGUAUCGGAGCUCAUGUGUUGUCGGUGAACUGUAGUGUAGAUCACACUGUGGCUGUAUGCAAACCAUUUACAUAGAUGUUAUAUUAACAUUGUUAUUAUAUAUAAUUCAUGGUUGUUACAAAUAAAUAAUUAAAUUGAAAGUUA